AUGGCCGCCUUCGUGCGAGUAUCAGGCCCGCCAAAUGGCAAUUUUCUGAUCGGUUACCCUGGGAUCUCGGCGACCAUGCCGCGUAUCGAGGGGAAAGUCGAGAUCAGACCGAGUGUCGGAGUCACUGCCCCUGUCAACGUCUCCCUCGUUACGAUAUCCCUCCAUCGUCGCGAGACAAUCCACCCCUCCGCCGAUUCCGUCACCAAGAAGCAUCUGGCCCCGCCCCGGAAAGACAUCACCGAUAUUGUGGGCAAGGAGAUGCUGCUUUUUCGCUGUCCUGCGGGGCGCGAGUAUGAGGAGGUCAUCUGUAUGGAUCUCCCCUUCGUCCUGUUCAUUCCUUUUGGUCGCGGAGGUCCAGAUGCCUCCCGACGGGUUCCUCCGGCCAGCCUACAACUUCCCAGCCGCACCGCCGAAACAUACUAUGAAAUCGUGGUGAUGGUCCAACAGGGGCAUUCAGAACAGCGGAAAUAUGCCUUCCCGGUCCCCAUCGCGCGGUACGAUACGCUCUCGACCUUUGGGAUGUACAACCGCCCCGAGUCGGCGGAACAAGUGUCGGAUCACUUGGUCACCCUCGGAAUCUCCUUACCACGCUGGUCCUACGGUCCGCUCGACCCCGUCAGCGUCUACGUGAAACUCUCUCCCAACCCGGACUGGCUAAACAAAGCCCGAAAAGUCACCAUCAACAAGAUCACCAUUGGUAUUGACGAAGAAAUUAUAUUCAACCAUGAGGGCGACGAGCCCCAACGAAAGGUCAAAACGUUGACCAAGCGAACCGAACCCGUCGGGAUGAAACUGCCCGCGACGGGCUUUCUCACCAACCUUGGGCUGGUAUUCCCAGCAAAAGACAUGCGAGAUGCAGAAGGAAUUCUCCCCAGAGGCAAGGCCGCCUUCCCCAUGUAUGCGGUCAGCGGGUUCACGACAACGGCAAGUCUCUAUAAGAUCGAGUAUUACUUGACCGUCAAGGCCCAUCUAACGUCCGCACGGGAUAUCCUUAUCCGACAGCCAAUUGUGGUCUGUCCCUUGGACCACGCGGGAUGCAAAGAGGAAAUGGAGGCGAUCGAACAGGCGGCGCGAGAUGCCGUGCAUGUGAAUCCGGACAAUCCCAUGCUCCCUCUGCCUUCAAUCGUGCGACCCUCCGAUCCCCAUGCCCUGCGGCACUUGGGCGUAGCCAUUGUCGGUAACCAAAAGAAGCCGCUAAUCGACUGA